GGGGCCGCAGGGCGCAGGCGCGGGGGCCGCUCCGCCGCCCGCCGCGUAAACAAGGGCCCGGCGGGGAUGCGGCGGGGUCGGGGCGGCCGCGGCUGAGGGGCGCAACCUUCCGGAGGUGUUUCCUCGUCCUCCCCCCGCCGGACGGGGGCGGCGAGGGCUGUCCCGCCAUGAACUUGGCCGGGCAGAGCGGCGACGCCGGCAGCGGCCAUCUGCUCUUCGCCAACUUCAACCAGGACAACACGUUCAGGUGUCCUUCACCCGUGAUCCUUGAGGACAGGAGAGCUCUCUAUUCCAAGGAGACUUUAAAGCUAAACACAGACCAAAAAAAGGAAGGACAGAGCGGUCCCGUAGCUCCUACACUCAGGGAGGAUAGCUGAGAGAGACAAGCAUCCCUUGCAGUUGGCAGUAAAUCAGGCUACAAAUUCUUCUCUCUCUCUUCUGUGGACAAAUUAGAGCAGAUCUAUGAAUGCACUGACACAGAAGAUGUGUGCAUUGUGGAGAGGCUCUUCUCCAGUAGUCUGGUGGCCAUAGUUAGCCUUAAAGCUCCACGCAAGCUGAAAGUUUGUCACUUCAAGAAGGGGACAGAGAUUUGCAACUACAGUUACUCCAACACCAUCUUGGCUGUCAAACUCAACAGACAGAGGCUGAUAGUAUGUCUGGAAGAGUCUCUGUAUAUACACAACAUACGAGACAUGAAGGUAUUACAUACAAUCAGGGAGACACCUCCCAAUCCUGCAGGGUUGUGUGCUUUGUCAAUAAACAAUGAUAAUUGCUACCUGGCCUAUCCAGGAAGUGCAACUAUUGGAGAAGUACAAGUCUUUGACACCAUCAAUCUGAGAGCUGCCAAUAUGAUCCCAGCUCAUGAUAGUCCCUUGGCUGCUUUGGCAUUUGAUGCAAGUGGUACUAAACUUGCCACAGCCUCAGAAAAGGGCACAGUAAUAAGAGUGUUUUCCAUUCCAGAGGGACAGAAACUCUUUGAAUUCCGAAGGGGAGUGAAGAGGUGUGUGAGCAUCUGUUCAUUGGCUUUCAGCAUGGAUGGCAUGUUUCUGUCUGCAUCCAGUAACACGGAGACGGUGCAUAUCUUCAAACUUGAGACUGUGAAAGAAAAACCUCAGGAAGAGCCUACAACCUGGACAGGUUACUUUGGAAAAGUGCUGAUGGCCUCAACGAGCUACCUGCCCUCUCAAGUAACAGAGAUGUUCAACCAGGGCAGAGCCUUUGCUACAGUCCGUCUGCCCUUCUGUGGGCACAAAAACAUCUGUGCACUUGCCACAAUCCAGAAGAUCCCCCGUUUGCUGGUGGGAGCUGCUGAUGGGUAUCUCUACAUGUACAACUUAGACCCCCAGGAAGGAGGCGAGUGCACACUAAUGAAGCAGCACAAGCUCGAUGGCAGCAUGGAGCCCGCCAACGAAAUCCUGGAGUCUGCGUCCCACGACCGGCCGUUGGUAGCGCAGACGUACAGCGCUGCUGUGACUAAAGGUACAUAUGUGCCUUCCUCACCCACCAGGCAUGCCUAUACAGAUGACCUGGGUGCUGUGGGUGGAGCUUGCCUGGAAGAUGAAACCAACUCACUUAGAUUGGAUGAAGACAGUGAGCAUCCUCCCAUGAUCCUUCGGACAGACUAAACUUGGACCUGUGAACUCACUCCUGAAGCAGAGAACACUGGCUUGAUGUUUCUUGAGGAAUCUCGUGUUAUGCUGCUAUGAACUUUGACAUGAGUUGGGAGAGAGGAUGACAGACUCUUACAGUUUUAAGUCGUAGCUGUAGUUCUAAUUCUAUACAAUUGGAAAAAUAUAUGGUUUUCAAUUCAGUGGCUUUUAAUCUUGCUUAUCUAUUUUAGCUGUGUUUAUUUUUUUUUUUUUGUUGCCAAAACCUGCUGUUUGUGCAGCCCUCAGAGCCUACUUAGCUUUGCAUGCAUUCAUGUGCCAAGCAAGCAUGGGAGGGGGAGAGAGAGAGAAGCCACUUUAUAACAAACUCAAGUUUGUAUUUUUUUUAUAUAUGUAUAUAAUAUUUAGCCUAUAUAAGGAAGGAGUAGAGAAGUGGUUCUGGAAGCUGAGACUAGUUCUGCACUGACAAAGGUCCAAAUGGUUUCCUGUGCAUGGGCUUGCAGGCAUACCUAGUGACUGACAUGCAACCUUUCAAAUGCAAUGGCCUGUUUUUUUGGGUUCUCCCUUCCCUUUCCUGGACCAUUUUGUUAAUUAAAAUUCCUUCUGAAUGUUG